GACUUGCGCCCUAGCAAACAACUCUUGACACCAGCAACAAUCCCCUGGGGCCUCAAGAAGGAUAGGAAUCAGGUGCUCUGCGGGCCCAGCUGGUCUCUGCAAUCUGCCCCGCCCCACCCCCGAACACAAAGCCCCACCCCUCCCGCCGCUCCGACGUGUUGAUUGGUUGCUGUGCCGCCGUCCAGCCCCGCUACCAUCCAGACCAAUGAUUGAAGGUCAGAAGGUGGGGCGACCCGGCACGGUCCGCCCCCCGGGCGCGCGUUGAUUGGGGCGCUCGGGAGGGAGCCGCCUCUCGGCUAGGAGGCUCCCCCACCACCGCCGAAAUGAGUUUCAGCCGCCUCUACCGCUUGGUGAAGCCAGCCCUGCUGUGCGCAGCCCUGGCAGCCCCGGGCCUUUCCAGCAGUAUGUGCGCUUCCCGCAAUGAUUGGAGAUGUGCCAGGUCCAUGCACGAUUUUUCUGCCAAGGACAUCGAUGGUCGCCUAGUGUCCCUGGAUAAGUACAAGGGCUACGUCUGCAUCGUCACCAACGUCGCCUCGCAAUGAGGCAAGACGGACGUAAACUACACUCAGCUUGUCGACCUGCACGCCAGAUACGCUGAGAACGGUUUACGGAUUUUAGCUUUCCCCUGCAACCAGUUUGGGAGACAGGAGCCAGGGAGUAACGCAGAAAUCCGAGAAUUCGCUGCCGGCUACAAUGUCAAGUUUGAUAUGUAUAGCAAGAUAUGCGUCAAUGGUGACGAUGCCCACCCCCUGUGGAAAUGGAUGAAGAUCCAGCCCAGAGGGAAGGGCAUCCUGGGCAACGCAAUAAAGUGGAACUUCACCAAGUUCCUUAUUGACAAAGACGGCUGUGUGGUGAAGCGGUAUGGUCCCAUGGAAGAGCCCCAGGUGAUUGAGAAGGACCUGCCUUGCUACCUCUAAGUUCCCCUUCCCUUCCUGCACCUGUCUCCCCUUGAUCCCCAGAGUCUUCCACCCGGCACCAAUGACGGUCUGCCUUCAAACCAGGCCUCUGGUGAGGCAGACCCGAUGACCCGGCGUGCACCUCAGCCGGAGGAGGACCCUGGGGGGCACACGGAGACGGCCUGCAGCCUCGAGCCCCCGGCUCAUUGAAUAAAAAGUGAAAAAAAGUCUGGCUUGGCUCAUCUGUGCUCUCCUGAGCCGCCUUCUGCUCCUGCCUCUGCUCGGGGACCACUCGGGCUUAUUUCCUCCUCUGUAAAAUGGGCCUCCAGGGAAGGCCGAGUGCCUGAGGCUGGCCUAAGCCAGUCCAGGAGGAGCUUUCUCUCCAUUCUCCUCCCCAGGACACAAGUGCUAGGCCAGACUCCUGGCCUCUGCUCUGUUCCUCCCCCUUCUGCUCUCACCAAGAAUGGCUCGGUGGUCAUCGAGCCAGUAACUCUAUCUGCAGCCAGCCCUGGGGCUUAGGGAGAGAACGCAAAGCCAGACCCAGGACCUGGGCCUCAGUUUCCCCACUUGUAAAAUAAAGUUGUACCAGAUGACUCCUAAA